UCGGCUGGUGUGAUAUAGAAAGUAAAGAUAGGGGGCGCUGUGCAGGCAAAGUACAUGGCAUGCGUGUAUGUGUGUGCACAGGAGAAGAAAAACAAGGAAAUGGUGGUGGGAGAGCCUGCUAGUUUUUCCAUGUAAGCGCCGGCAGCCCGCUCGGGUGGGCGCGCAUUGAUGGGUUAAACACUGGCCGGCCGUGGAGGAUGGAUUACGAGUUCAAGAGCAAGCUAUCUGCCGAGCGGGAGCGGGUGGAGGACCUCUUUGAGUAUGAAGGCUGCAAAGUGGGUCGAGGAACCUACGGGCAUGUUUACAAAGCUAAGAGGAAAGAUGGAAAAGAUGACAAAGAAUAUGCACUGAAGCAAAUUGAAGGUACAGGAAUAUCCAUGUCAGCCUGUAGAGAGAUUGCACUGUUACGCGAGUUGAAGCACCCAAACGUAAUUGCAUUACAGAAAGUAUUCCUGUCUCACAGUGACAGAAAAGUUUGGCUACUCUUUGAUUAUGCAGAACACGAUUUGUGGCACAUCAUCAAAUUUCAUCGUGCCUCAAAAGCAAACAAGAAGCCCAUGCAGCUGCCUCGCUCAAUGGUCAAGUCUUUGCUGUACCAGAUCUUGGAUGGAAUUCAUUAUUUGCAUUCGAACUGGGUGCUGCAUCGAGAUCUGAAGCCAGCAAACAUCCUUGUAAUGGGGGAAGGUCCUGAGAGAGGAAGAGUCAAAAUAGCUGACAUGGGCUUUGCUCGAUUGUUCAAUUCUCCUUUGAAACCACUAGCAGAUCUGGAUCCAGUUGUGGUUACAUUUUGGUACAGAGCUCCAGAGUUGUUACUUGGUGCAAGACAUUAUACUAAGGCCAUUGAUAUUUGGGCUAUUGGUUGUAUUUUCGCUGAGUUGUUAACAUCAGAGCCCAUUUUUCAUUGUCGGCAAGAAGAUAUAAAAACAAGUAACCCAUUCCACCAUGAUCAGCUGGACCGGAUAUUCAGUGUGAUGGGAUUCCCUGCAGAUAAGGAUUGGGAAGAUAUCAGAAAGAUGCCAGAAUAUCCUACUCUUCAGAAAGAUUUCAGGAGAACAACGUAUGCUAACAGUAGCCUGAUAAAGUAUAUGGAGAAGCACAAGGUCAAACCUGACAGUAAGGUUUUUCUCCUGCUUCAAAAACUUCUUACCAUGGACCCAACAAAAAGAAUAACUUCAGAACAGGCUUUACAAGAUCUCUACUUUCAAGAGGAUCCUCUGCCUACAUCUGAUGUGUUUGCAGGGUGCCAGAUACCAUAUCCAAAACGUGAAUUUCUAAAUGAAGAUGAGCCUGAAGAAAAAGCUGAAAAGAAUCAACAGGCACAAAAUCAGCACCAGCAACAAACAGCAAAUCAACAACAGACAGCUGCUCAGCAGCAGCAGGUGCAGCAACAGAACAGCAGCCAGACCAAUGGUACAGCAGGAGGUGCAGGAGCAACAGUGGCAACACUUCAGCAUAGCCAGGAUUCCAGUCUUAACACAGGACCUCCAAACAAGAAACCACGCAUGGGGCCUUCAGUGGCUAACUCUGGAGGACCCUCUCUGAUGCCUUCCGACUAUCAGCACUCUACGUCUCGUCUGGGUUACCAAAGCAAUGUUCAGGGAUCCUCUCAGCCCACCAAUACCUUGGGCUACUCCACAACAUCUCAGCAAAGUUCACAAUAUCAUCAGUCUCACAGGUACUAGGAAGGUGAGCUGUUA